AGAAGAAGAAGAACCGGAAGCAGUUGCGCGAUGCUAACACACUAAUUCUCGCUACUUUCACGUAUAAUCAAAGUGAACCAAAGAAGCCUGUUUGUUUGGACUAACUUGUUAACGUCAACUGUACACUUUAACCCCGACUUGGUUUCUUUCUUCGCUGUUACAUUUACUUGAAAUUGUUCAACGUUUUGAUGUGAAUCCUGGGGCAACGCGAAGCUAAUGCAGUUAGCUUCAGCGCGACCAAACACGUUUUUAACAAAAAGCAAACUUGCAGAGAGAUCCUGUGAAGAUGUCUAAAGUCCGAAUGCUGAGAUCUUUUGUAAACCAGAGACUGACUGCGGCCGCUGAAGAGAUAUUUGAUCUGUUUGAAAGGACGAUAGCAGAAUACGAGGAGCAGCUCAACCUGCUGGACUCCUGUCAGAAACAUGAUGUCCGCUUACACGUUUCAGAUAUCCAGCAGCUGAUGGUGAGAAAAGAAGAGGUUCACCCUGAGCAGCAGGAGAGGAGCUCCAGACUGGACCAGGAGGACCCACCAGAGCCACCACACAUUAAAGAGGACCGGGAAGAGCUCUGGAGCAGUCAGGAGGGAGAGCAGCUUCAAGGACCAGAGGAGGCUCAUACCAGCAUGGUCACUUUUUUUCGUGUUCCUGUGAAGACUGAAGACGACGAUGGAGAGACACCUCGGACCUCACAGCUUAAUGAAAACAAACCGGAAGAGAGCAGAGAUGUAAAGGAUUUGAACACAGAAGCUGAUGGAGAGGACUGUGGAGGAUCAGAACCAGACAGAGACUUUAAUCCAGACAGUCAUUUACAGACAGUUUCUCUUGAAGACACUUCACUCCUUACUACUGGAUCUGACACUGAUGAGAGUGGUGAUUGGGAGGAGAGAUAUGAACCUCAGGAAGGUUUGAACCCUCUGCAAAAGAAAGUCAUUUCCAUAAGUGAUAUGAACUGUAAUACUGGUAACACAUCAGUUAGCUCCUCUGGAUGUGCUACAAGCUUUGCACAAAUGAAACCGCUGCAGAAACACAAAACAAUCCACACUGGAGAGAAACCAUUUAGUUGCUCAGUAUGUGGUAAAAGAUUCACACAAAGUGGAUCUCUUAAAAUGCACUCUUUUGUCCACACGGGGGAGAAACCGUUUAGUUGCUCAGUUUGUGGAAAACAUUUUAUAAAAGAUGGAGAUUUGAAAAGACACUCUGUUGUCCACACAGGAGAGAAACCAUUCAGUUGUUCAGUGUGUGGUAAAAGAUUCACGCAAAGUGGAUCUCUUAAAAUGCACUCUCUCAUCCACACGGGGGUGAGACCGUUUAGUUGCAAUUUUUGUGAUAGAACAUUUACUCGGAAGCAUAGUGUCAAAUAUCACAAGUGUAGGUCUAAGAUGGCCUAGCGGUUAGGUCAGACCUGCGGCUGGGACUCAUUCCCUACUAUCUCUCCUGAUUUCCGAUUCUAUCUAUUUCUAGGAAAAAUAUCAUAAGUACCGUAUGUUGGUAAGAGCAGAAGAAAUACACAACUUAGUUAUACUCAUUGAAUGUUACCUUAUAGUACGCAGGCAAAGUGCAACAUUUACAGUUUUAGAUUAGGAUUUAAACAAAUCCCCUGUGAUCAACAUUGACUUUUUAAAUAAAUUCAAGUUCACAUUUUGUUAUUGAGAGACAUGCUACUCACACACACGUGCACAAACAGGACCCGUGGACGUUCGUUAUUGUAGAGAUGUCGGGCUAGUGAGGGGGGCUUAGUUCCCACAUGCUUGAUCUCAUCAGCUGUUCUGGUGUGACCCCUCUGUCUUUCAAUGCCAACUCAUCAGUGUCCAAAACAAACCCACCUUUACCAUCACGUUCUGCAUUAUCAAGAAGAACACUGAUUGAUCUGCUCUAUCCAAUGAGCCCCCAAAAAGUACAUUUGUCCACUCUACUACUACUACUGUAACUCUCUCCUCUCUGGUCUUCUUCAGCUUCUCCAUAAACUUAAACUGGUCCAGAACUCAGCUGCCCCGAUCAUCACGAGAACCCCCUCCAUAUAGCCCAUCACCCCAGUCCUCCAACAGCUUCACUGGCACCCUGUCAAAUGUUGCGUUGACUUUAAGAUUCUUCUUCUUUCUUUUAUUGUUGAUUAUUUUUCUUGUACCAUGUUAUUGUGCUGUUUGCAUUGUUGUAUUUGCGAGGUGGCCUUGAGUGCCAUGAGGGGGAACCUUUAAGAAAACAUAUUUUUAGUUUUAUUCUCUACAACAAUGACUUGACUGUUUCCUAAUUACACAUUACACCUCUUGUUCAAUAAAUCUCUCCUCCUGUGUUUUAAAUUAGAUUUAUAAACUGUUUAACUGAUUCACAGAGUUACCUAAGGAUGGAUUUAGAUUGUUCAGGCCUGUCCUCAAACAGAUGCUACUCAGAUACAUCAUCUGCAAGAGUUGUUGUUUUCUGUAAUUGUUCUGUGAUUAGUUUGUAGAUUUAAUGUAAUAUUUUUUUUGAUCAAACAAGACGUGGCGUCUGCUCUUACGUGUAUUUUUCUUGUACCAAGACGACAAGGUUUUGUUUCAUGGUCUCUAAGCUUCUAACAUGGGUAGUUUUUGUUUAAGUGUAUGGUGAAGGCCAAAAGGGAAAACAAAACUGCCAAUAGUU